CACAAAACAGGUAUUCCCUCUUACUCAUGAAUUUGACAUUUGGGAACAUUAAAGUCCCUUGUGCUGCAACAGCGGAGAAAGAAGGCGAACCGAACCAGAAUUUCACCGAAUAACUCACCUGAAACAACGUCAAGACAGAAACUAAAGAAAAUCAGCUUCCGGUAGCGGCCGGUCAACGGUACAUUAGCUGACCGGGCUAGCGUAGCGCCGGGUCAACCCGAACUCCGUGAAGGAGUGUGCAUGCUGCAUUCAGCUCACAGAGAGACGUCAGAAGACUGUCAGAGUUGUCUGGAGUGUUCGAGGGACAACGGCUGUGUUCGCUGCCCAGAGCGACUCUUCCUGUUUCUCCAGAGGAAAGGGAUGUCUCAUCAUGGGACGUGUCUCCAUUCCUGUCCAACUGGACACUUUGGACAGAGAGGGAGGGACGUGAACCGCUGCAUGAAAUGCCGCUCGUUGGACUGCGAGCUUUGUUUCAGUCGGGACUUCUGCACCAAGUGUAAGCCUGGCUUCAAGCUGCACAAAGGCAAGUGUUUGAUCCACUGCCCAGAGGGAACUUUCACUCACCAGACAGACUGCCUCGAGGUCUGUCCCCUGUCUCCACUGGGAGAGUGGAGCGAGUGGAGCGUCUGCGUCCGUGACGGCGCCACCUGUGGUUUCAGAUGGGGAAAGCAGACCCGGGUCCGGGAGAGCAGCCAGAGCGGGAAAGCGACUGAAAAAACGCCGGUCUGUCCGCCCCAAAGCGAAACACAAAGGUGCAGAAUGAAGAAAAAAUGUCCCACAGAGAGAAGACGGAAUAAAAAAGGAGGACUUGGCAGAAAGAGGGAGCGAAAACGACUGCGACUCCUCGCCAGCGUCUCGGCUAACGCAACAACAGACACCAUCAGCGCCUGAACCGGAUCCAGCUCCAUGUUGGCU